AUGGCAAUAAUGAUCCUACAAAAACAUGGAUAUUCCAAAACUCCCCGGAGGAAAUAUACAUUAGGGAAAGAGCCCAACUCAAUUAAGAGCAUUUCGUAUCACACGGAUUGUACGACGUUGCAUCGUGCUUUAGAGGAUGCUCUUGAUCAUCGAGAAUAUGAAGCACUGAAGGAGUCGAAGUUGGGAGUUUUCAUCAAGUUCCAAGAGCUGGGAUUUGGUUGGGCUUCAAGGCUGGUUCACUUCAUGCUCGGUUUCCAGCUCGACAUAAAGAAGAAGUAUGAGCUGUGGUGUCUCGUUGGUCCAGAACCGCUGAGGUUUUCACUGAUAGAGUUUGAAAAGCUCACUGGUCUAAACUGUGAGUACAUCGAGGACCUUGAGAGUCCGUACUGUCCUGUUACGCUGGAGAUGUCUGCUUUCUGGGAGAAGUUGGAAGUUAAUAUCAAUGCUGGGCCAUCUACUGACCAGAUAGUAGCAGCACUCAAGAGAUGCAAAGAGUGGUCUCGGGAUGAUCGCAAGCGGCUCGCGUACCUUGCCAUCUUCGCUGGAUACAUUGAAGGGAAAAAGGCCAAAAAUAUCACGGGUUGUUACACGAUUGAUGGGUUUGUACAAGCUUUCCAGUCCUGGUUGUACACAGCUCUGCCGGAACUUGGUGCUGGUUAUGGUAAUCCCGUAGGAGGCGAAUCGACUGUACCGUUACUGGCUUACUCGGGUGGCAAAGGACGCAGAUGGUUUCAACAGGCUAUCUACAGUCAGACUAGAGUGGAAAAAUUUGUUGAGAAGGAGGUGAUCGGUGAACUGUUUCCACAAUGGGACUCUGAUGUUGAGGACCCGGACGCGGAGAACAUAAUUAAAGUCAUGUAUAAGAGACCGUGGAAGUGGACCAUGGAUUGCUGGGAAGUCAUCGGUACUUCUGAUGCGAGUCCUACGAAGAAAGAUGAAGAACGUCCAAGACGUCAAAAGAAAGCUGAAGAACGUCCAAGACGUCAGAAGAAAGCUGAAGAACGUCCAACUCCAAGACCUCGGAAGAAAGCUCGUUUAGAAGCAACUGCAGAGGCAACUGCAGAGGCAACUGCAGAGGCAACUGCAGAGGCUAGUGAAGAGGCUAGUGAAGAGGCUAGUGAAGAGGGUCGUGAAGAAGCUCGUGAACGUGAAGAGGGUCAUGAAGAGGCUCGUGAAGAGGUUCCUCAUCAGGGUCGUUCCGAUGUUCGUACAGAGGUGAUUGGGAUGACCAAAGAGGAAUUGGACAGAAACUUCAAGGAUCUAGCUGAUGCCUUGAGGCAAGGGUUUGGGACGUGCCUUGCGGAGAUCAAGCAUCUGUCGGAUAGGAUUGGUGUUGUGGAAAAGAAGCUUGGUAUCACACCUGCUCCGCCUAAACAGACGCAAGAACCAGGGAGUGAAAGAGAAAGUGUUAAUGGGGCGAAAGAGAAAUCCGGAAAGAAGAGAAAGGAAAGAAAGGAGGAUCCAAAGGAGGAUCUUAAAAAGAGAAUGGAGAGGAAGGAGGAUCUAAAGGAGGAUCCUAAGAAGAGAAAGGAGGAUCAAAAGGAGGAUCCUAAGGAGGAUCAAAAGGAGGAUCCUAAGGAGGAUGCUAGUGAGGUUGCUAAGGACGAUCCUAAGGAGGAUGCCAGUGAGGUUGGUAAUGAGGGUGCUAGUUCCUCGAAAGUGCCGAGUCUAGUGGUUGCCGAAGAAGUCGAAGAACCGAGCGUUCUUCUAUUGGAGAAAGAAAAUUCUACUCUUUCAGAUAAAGUAAAGGAGAGAGCUAGAUAUGAGUCAAAGAGGGAUGCUGCUCAUUUGGAACUUCAGCGGAAUGCUGCUUUGGCAGUUCAGCGUGGAAAGAGUGAGCGAACAAGGAAACUUGCUCCCACACAGUCGUCUCCUUAUAAGGGGAACAACACGGCCAAAACGAUCAUUCCAAACUCAAACAAGUCUGCCUUUACACCUUUUCACCCACUCGACAAGGCGGCACAGAAGUUGCUCAUUGAUCACUGCAAAACUUGUCCUGAAGUUAAGAAGCCUAUGGAGAAACGCCCGGUGAGAAGUCUUUCUCGGUGGUAUAAAACACUCCGGACUUCCAAAGACUGGCUGGACGACUCACAUAUGGAUGCUUGGAUUAAUAUGCUGAGGAAGAGGUACCAUGCUAAUCCGGAAAUGUUCAGGAGCGAGAGAAUUUGCUUCCUUGAUCAUCUCUUUUCUCGGCAUUGGAGUAAAAACUUCGACGAUUUUAAGGCUGAUGAACCCGACUUCAGAGGUCUAGGAAGAAGACUCCCUGGUGGUGCCUGGAAUUAUUAUAGUGGAAAAACACCAUCAUUUUGCAGAUCUAUGAAGGUUUGGGGGAAGGAUAUUGACGAUAUCUAUGCGCCAGUGAAUUACAAGGACACUCAUUGGAUUUCUAUCUGGAUAUCGAUUCCUGAUAGGCGCAUAGUGGUUUUUGACAGCGAUCAUUCCUGUAUACCCCCAGCAAACCUCGAUGUGAUAAUGGAGCCUUUUUGCCACAUGGUCCCCUACUUGCUAUAUGAGUGCUCCUCCAUCGAAGAACGUGAAACAAUGCUCCUGGAGCCAUACACAUAUGAAAGACCGGUCUUACCAAAGUCAAAAUCUGGUGAUUGUGGCGUGUAUGCUCUAAAGUUCAUUGAAGUUCAUUAUUUGGGGUUGCCAUUUUCUCCAAAAGACUUUGCCCAAAGCAAAAGUAAGAAUAUGAGGGAGACGAUGGCGGUGGAUGUAUUUAGAGAGAUUCCAAACGCGCAUAACUUUGACAACACGGACAAUGAUGAUUACCUGGAGACGUAUGCACCUCAAGUUUGA